ACUACCCAAACCUGUGUGUAAACGUACCCAGGAUGUGUGACAAAACGGUGCUGAGGUCGUUGGUGUUGGUAGCGGCAGUGGCUUACGUGGUGGCGCGACCUGAGCCUCCCACGUCAUACGGCGCGCCCUCCUCAUCUUAUAGCGCUCCUUCAAGCUCGUACGGUGCCCCGGCACCACAGUAUGGACCACCCCAGCAACAGCCCAUAGUUCAUAAACACGUAUACGUGCAUGUACCUCCUCCAGACAACGAAUACCCCGCACCUCGUAAACAAAUAUAUGUGCCUCCCCCACAGAAACAUUACAAGAUUGUGUUCAUCAAGGCUCCUACGCCUCCUACACCUACUGCGCCUGUCAUUCCUGUACAACCCCAGAAUGAAGAGAAGACUUUGGUUUACGUAUUGGUGAAGAAACCAGAGGACCAACCUGAAAUUGUAAUCCCUACACCGGCGCCAACACAACCUGCCAAGCCCGAGGUCUACUUCAUCAGAUAUAAGACACAGAAACAAGAAGGCUACCCAGCUGCCGCAGCCCCUGCGCAAGAAUAUGGUGCUCCCGCGGCCGCGCCUUCCUCGGAAUACGGCGCUCCGUCCGGUGGCAGCUCUUACUAACAUCACCAGACCCUGGAUUUCACCUGCUGGACCCUCCCCUCUCAAAUAUUUACUAAAAGCGAACCAGCCGCUACGAAUGUGUUGUGUAGAUAACUUAUAUUCGCGUAGUGUGCAACCGUAGACAUAUGCAGCGGAGAUACGGACGGAUGUUGGUUAUUUUCACACUUAUUCGACAUCAAUUAUAAUCGUUUGUAUCGAACCAAUCUACGCAUUACGUAAAUGACUUUCACUAUAUAUGAAAUUUUGUUUUGAGUAUCAUAUAUUAACCAAAGAUCGAGUAACGAAUGGACAGUAGGUAUGUCAUAGGUUCGUUAACGAAAAGGUAAAUUAAAGAGAGAGGCGUAUGUAGAAUUGGCUUUCGUGAAUUCUUAUGGUGGCUCAAAACUACACAUUACAUUUUUAUGAAGUUGAUGCUGUGAUACGCAAUCAGUCCAUUUGGCUAAGUUUAGGAAGUUCGAGAGGGCGGAAGGGCGCGGAUGCUGGCUGGCAUUGUGCUGAACUGUGCUGUAUCCCAUGUUUUGUUUGCA